AUGCGUUAUGUAUCGCGUAUAUUUACGACGAUCCACACUAUUGCUAAGACAAGACAAGCCACUGAACAAGCUAAAGUUACUGCCUCCAUUAUGUCCGAAAACAUAUCUGCAAGAUUCGACAAGAUGUCGCUUGACAAACAAAAUGAAGCCCGAUCGCCCAACCAAUCCUCCACGGCCUCAGUCCUGACUCCGUUGAAUCCAAUGCUACAUGCUCGACUCCGGGCCUUCCACCAGAAUCGAACUAAGCAAAGUCCUAACGAGUCGACUCCUCCACAGGAAUUAGACGAACACCUUAAUAGAGGAAAGCCUUUGCCUUCCCUCCCCCCCGCUGAUGGCACUAGAAGUCCUGACGAACAACAACCCGGACUAAUGAAUCAGAUUCGGUUCCAAAAGCAACAAAUCCGUCAGUUGCAGCAUCAACAGGCUCAACAAGUUCAACAUCAACUCCAGGAAGAAGACGAUCUAACAACGCUGAAGCAAGCUACAUCAUCCACAUCAACUACAUCCACCACCUCCAAUUCACCGUCAACUACUUCUUCACCAUUUCAACUUGGUACACCAACCAAUGGGAUCCCUCCCGUGCUUCCUACGUCCGCUGUAUCUCCUCAUAUAUUUGCUAGACUCCCCAACAAUUCUACCACCACAUCGCCCAAGCCGUUUGAGUUGAAUCCCAAGGGGUCUAUUGCCCGAAGAAGAGGUAAAGAUAAAGAUCUCAAGGCAGCCUUUGAUCUUGCUAGCCCCUCCAAUGAUUCUUCUGAGUCGUCUCUCACUCUUUCAUCCCAUGAGCCUUCCCUGGAUACUUUAUUAUUAUCGUCAUCAUCAAUAACUCAGGUCACACCGGAUACUUCUGGAACAGGAACAGUAGGGGGUAACAAAGGGUUGCCUAACAAUAUCAAGUCUUCCGAAGAGUUAAUUCGAAAGAUAUCGUUAAGAAAAGCAAAACCCAAUUUAAAGCUCAAUCUCGAUGAGUUACUGGGGGGUCCCAUUAUCACUUCACAAUCAUCCACUGCCACAACAACCUCCACUUCAGGAGGGUCUUCAAUCGGUGAUCAGCAUGAAUUGGGUGCACAGUUUGGUGGAGACGACCAGCAACUACUGGCAUCACAGGCAGCUUCAUCUUCGUCCUCGAGAAACGGAUCGGCUACGUCCACCAAUAAGCCGCAACUCCAUGGGCUUUUCGCCAACUAUUCCAAAUACGUUGAUAUCAAAAGUGGGUCCCUUAACUUUGCCGGUAAGGCGUCCUUGCAUUCCGAAGGGGUGGACUUCCUGUCUGGGUCAUCGUUCAGGAUCUCUCUGGACCAAUUGGAGUUUGUGGAAGAGAUUGGCCAUGGGAACUAUGGAACAGUCACCAAAGUCUUACAUAAACCUACUGGGGUUCUUAUGGCCAUGAAGGAGGUUCGAUUAGAAUUAGAUGAGACCAAAUUCACCCAGAUCUUGAUGGAAUUGGAGAUUUUACAUAAAUGUGAUUCUCCCUUCAUUGUGGACUUCUACGGUGCCUUCUUCAUUGAAGGUGCUGUCUACAUGUGCAUGGAAUACAUGGACGGAUCCUCAUUGGACAAAAUCUAUGGGAAGCAUGGCAUAAAAGACGAAGCAUGUCUUGCUUAUAUUACCGAGUGUAUUAUACGAGGAUUGAAAGAGUUGAAAGAUGAACAUAAUAUUAUUCAUAGAGAUGUUAAACCCACCAAUAUUUUGGUGAAUUCAAAUGGGAAAGUGAAACUAUGUGAUUUUGGAGUUAGUGGGAAUUUAGUGGCUUCAUUAGCUAAAACAAAUAUUGGUUGUCAAUCAUAUAUGGCUCCAGAGAGAAUCAAAUCUUUAAAUCCGGAUGCUUCUUCUUAUUCAGUCCAAUCGGAUGUUUGGUCCUUGGGGCUAACUAUCUUGGAAGUGGCUUGUGGUCAUUAUCCUUAUCCUCCAGAAACUUAUAAUAAUAUCUUUUCCCAAUUAAGUGCUAUAGUUGACGGAGAACCUCCAAGUUUAGAUUCCAAAAUGUUUUCUAAUGAGGCCCGGAUGUUUGUUAAAUCAUGUUUAAAUAAGAAACCAAGCAUGAGACCUUCAUAUGGUUCAUUAUUAAAUCAUCCUUGGUUAUUGAAAUAUCGUGGGAACCAACCUCCAAUGGCUACUUAUGUUCAGAGCAGUUUGAAGGAACAAUUAGAUAAGAAGCAAAAGGGUGAAUUGAGUAGAUCCAAUAGUAUGAAUGGUAGUCUGAUACCGUCUACAACUCAAGCUCAAAUUCAAAGUGUUAGUGCGUUGUUGAAUAAUAAAGUGGUUAAAGCACCAGCUUUACAUAGAGGUGGGUUGCCGAAAAGACAGUAA